CGCUUUCUUGAAAGAACCCAGCUUCAAGAUGUGGAUCUUGGCGUAUCAACAGGUGGCUGCACUAUUCCUCCUUGGAUCCCUGGUGCCCAGCGAAUCCUUUUUCUGCCCGAAUUGCCUCCAGCAAAAAUAUUUGAGCUUACGCCAACGGCUCAAGGACGCUGGACAGCCAAGUCAAAUAGUUCAGCCUGUGUUGGUCCAAAAUACCCAACCCCUUUUUGUCCUUAAGCCAAUGGUUUCGGACCAAAUCUCAACUUCACAAUUGGACCAUCAAAUUAACUCACAGGUUAAUUUAGAUUUAUCCCGACUGAGCGAAUCACUCAAAAAUAAUGGUCGUAUAGUCCUUCUACCUCCUGGUUUAAAACACUUGCCGAAAGUGACAACGACACAAACGCAGGAGAAACUGCAACUGCUGCAGCAACGGCAACAAAUAGAUCUUCAGCUGAAACUCAUUCGAAAGAUGCAAAAGAAUUUGUUAAAAGUCGAAGACGCGUCCCAGUCACAGACUCAAUCGCAGAAUCAGACAGGAUCAGGAUCACAAUCUCAGACGCAGACGCAGACCCAGAAGCAGGCCCAAUCUAGGCAACAAAUAAGGGUGCUGCAAUGGCAACUGAAAAAAGUAGAGUCCCAGUUAAGGGUCCUGCGAAAGUUGCUGCAGCAAAAGUUGGAGACAACAACUGACUCCACGUCGACUUCGCAUUCAGAGUCACAAACUAAGCAACUACUGCUGCAGUGGCAAAUUCUUCGAAACUUGCAAAUUAUUCGACGCUUGCAGGAGAAACUGUCAGCGGAUCAGAAAGGAAACCUGGUGAUUUUACCUAUAUUUCCUUUUCCACCAUCACCGGGUCCUGUCCAGCCGCCUUCAGCACCUCCUGAUCAGAAUACAAUUGAGCGAAUACAAUUGGAGAAGGAGCUAAAGAUAUUGCGAGAGUUGAGGGAUAAACAGAAGAGGGAAGAAGAGGAAGCGGCGAUUAUACGGAAAAACCAAAUACAUAUUAGAAACAAGCAGAUUGAAGAACUGUGGCAAUUGCACCUGCGGAAGCAACAAGAGGAACAUGAGGAGAUCAAAAAACAACUUCUUGAGCAACAUUUCCGAGUACAACAACUGUUGUUUAAUGGUAUAAAAUUGCAGGAAAUUCAAAAGUUGUCGGAAGAGCAAGCCAAGCAGCGUUUGAUCGAUCUUAAAAAUUGGCAGUUGAAGUUAGAAUCUGAUAGCUCAAGCUUGGAAAAGAAUUCAAGCUCAACUGUGACUACAAACACAACGCAAACCCAUGUCUCCUCAAAAAAUAGUUCAAGCAUACUUAUUGAGGGCACUGAAUCUACGCGUCAUGAAGUUACGAAAGAGUCCGAAUCGAAGACAAGCGAAUUGGGGCAGCUUGGUAGCUCAUCCUCAAACAAUGUUGAGGGUUUGGAAUCUGUAAAUUCGAAUCUUCAAGAAGGGCAGAGGCAAAGCCAAUUGGAGCAGUUCCAGGGUCAAAUCAUACAAGGUUCUGGAUCUCAGAAUGCCAAUCUUCAAAAGCAGUUGCAGCUUAUAAACUCACAGGGUUCUGGAUCUCAAAGUGCCAUUCUUCAAAAGCAGUUGCAGCUUAUAAACUCACAAGGUUCUGGAUCUCAGAAUGCCAAUCUUCAAAAGCAGUUGCAGCUUAUAAACUCUCAAGGUUCUGGAUCUCAAAGUACCAAUCUUCAAAAGCAGUUGCAGCUUAUAAAGUCUCAAGGUUCUGGGUCAAACAGUGUCAAUCUUCAAAAGCAGUUGCAGCUCAUAAACUCUCAAGGUUCUGGAUCUCAAAGUACCAAUCUUCAAAAGCAGUUGCAGCUUAUAAACGCACAAGGUUCUGGAUCACAAAGUGCCAAUCUUCAGCAGCUUCAGUUACAAAAAAUUAACUUAGGCUCACAGUCCAGUUCAAACCAAAUCGCCCAAAGUCAGUUGCAGAAUCUACAGAAUGGGGCCGCACUGGAUGGAUCUCAGCAGCUGCAGGCGCAGGACGUGCUACUAGGUAAUGGCCAGAGCUCUGGCUUAGUGGAGCAUUCCAAGGUAUCGCAGGCACAGUCCCAGUCCCACUCAUCGUCUUCUUCAUCAUCGUCGCAUUUGGAGUCCCAGGGCCAAUUGCAAUCGGUCAAACAUGACGAGCACUUCGUUCCAUCCGACCACGAUCUAUUGACGGUUUUAUUAUAAAGUGACCACAGAACUACAACAUUGUAAUCACACAUUCACUUCAACUCUUCCCAAGCGUUGACCAAAAUGUCAAAAUUAGAUUUUUAUCAAUUAGCAAUUAAAACAAAAGUGUUCUAAAUUUCACAUUAUUUUAGUUGUAAUUCAUAAAGAUGUUUAUUUUAACAGAAACUGUGAAUAAAAGUGAAUAUUGUAAAAA